GUAUAUUUUUUUUAGAAGUCAGUUAAAAAUGGAGAGUCAGCUAGUAAUCUGUUUUACUGUCCUUAUCACACAAUUCCUUUCAGGAAAUUGCAAGAACUAUCUGAUUGAGACAAAGGAUGAUCUUGGAGCUGUGAAACCAGGAGGAAAGUACGGAGAUUAUUCCAAUACUGGUUAUGGAGAUACCUGUGAAAAAGACUCACAAUGCGGUGAUGGCAAAUAUUGUUGCGAAACCAAAGUUUGCAAAGUAUUACCUGCAUGUGAUGGGAAUAAAGAUUGCCCUGAGGAUCUGGUUUGCAACAAAGACAACCUGUGUCAAAGAGAUGGGAGCUAUGGUGCAGGAAAGUCUGCAGAUUCUGCUGAAGUAGGUUAUGGAGAUUCUGCUGAGAAAGGAUACAGAGAUUCUGAUGAGAAAGGAUACGGAGAAUCUGAUGAGAAAGGAUACGGAGAUUCUGCCAACAAAGGAAAGUAUGGAGAUUAUUCUGACAAAGGUUACACAGAUUCUGCCACCACAGGUUACACAGAUUCUGCUGACAAAGGUUACACAGAUUCUACUGACAAAGGUUAUGGAGAUUCUGCUGACAAAGAUACCUGUGAAAAAGACUCAGAAUGCGGUGAUGGCAAAUAUUGUUGCGAAACCAAAGUUUGCAAAGUAUUACCUGCAUGUGAUGGGAUUAAAGAUUGCCCGGAGGAUCUGGUUUGCAACAAAGACAACCUGUGUCAAAGAGAUGGAAGCUAUGGUGCAGAAACAUUUUUUCUAGGAAAGUCUGCAGAUUCUGCUGAAGUAGGUUAUGGAGAUUCUGCUGAGAAAGGCUAUGGAGAUUCUGCCAUCAAAGAUACCUGUGAAAAAGACUCACAAUGCGGUAAUGGCAAAUAUUGUUGCGAAACCAAAGUUUGCAAAGUAUUACCUGCAUGUGAUGGGAUUAAAGAUUGCCCGGAGGAUCUGGUUUGCAACAAGGACAACCUGUGUCAAAGAGAUGGGAGCUAUGGUGCAGAUUAUGCUGGUGGGACCACACGUAGGCCACGAUCAACAACUCGAAGUUCAGAUUUCAGAAAAGUGUUUGGUAGACUUUCAUAGUAUAUAACUGUAUCAAUUCUUUUUGUGUGAUUAAACAUAAAAAAUUUAACCAUGCAGAAAAUUGUAAUGCUAAAUACUAAAUUAAUAAUAAAUUAAACUUCGUUGA